AUGAAGCCACCUCCUACAUCUUCAUCUUCUCCAACCUCCGAUCUUGUAAGAAAAGCUCGGUUAUCUCCAUAUCUUUUUACUUCGUUAGCCUUCUUUCUAUUUAUCGUCACUACUCUCUAUGGUCGAGACGACCUCAAUUGCAUCCUCAGACAAUGUGAUCUUGAUAUUAGCCCAAAUCAACCACUUUCAACUCCAAAGAAGCAUUACAAGAAGCUACCAUUUACAAAAAUCGAAGAGAGGGAGAAUGGAUGUGAUUAUUUCAGUGGACAGUGGGUUUGGGAUCCAUUGAAUCGGCCGUUGUAUCAAGAAUCGGAAUGUCCGUACAUACUGCCACAGUUUACGUGUCAGGAGCACGGCCGACCUGACCAGGACUACCAAUUUUGGAGAUGGCAACCCCAUGGUUGUUCUCUACCAAGCUUCAAUGCAUCGCUAAUGUUGGAAAAUUUACGAAAUAAGAAGAUGAUGUUCGUUGGGGACUCCUUAAAUCGGGGCCAAUAUGUAUCGAUGGUGUGCCUUCUCCAUUCGCUCAUCCCUGACAAUGCUAAAUCCAUGGAAACUUUGGGUUCCUUGUCCGUUUUUACAAUGAAGGAUUACAAUGCUACGAUUGAAUUCUAUUGGGCUCCAUUUUUGCUUGAAUCAAACUCCGAUGAUCCAAUCAUACAUCGUGUUAUUGAUAAAGUUGUACGAAAAGGAUCCAUUAACAAGCAUGGGAAGCAUUGGAAAGGAGCUGAUAUAAUGGUCUUCAAUACUUACCUAUGGUGGAUGACUGGCCACGAUAUGAAGAUUUUGAAAGGAUCGUUUGAUGACAAAGAGAAAGAGAUAGUAGAAAUGUCGACGGAGGAUGCUUAUAGAAUGGGGAUUAAGAGUAUGUUAAGAUGGGCAAAAAAAAAUAUGGAUCCUAAAAAAACACGUCUAUUCUUCACUAGCACGUCUCCUCUCCAUCUAAAGAGCCAAGAUUGGGGAGCCGAAGCAGGUGACAAUUGUUACAACCAAACCAAAAUGAUUGCGGAUCCAUACUAUUGGGGAACAGACUCAAGCAAAAGCAUGAUGGGAAUACUCGGAGACGAAUUCAGGAAAUCAAAUUUUCCGGUAACAUUACUAAAUAUCACACAACUCUCACUUUACCGAAAAGAUGCCCACACUUCGAUCUAUAAGAAACAAUAUAUUCCAUUGACACCCGAACAAAUAGCCAACCCCAAGAGCUACGCCGAUUGUGUGCAUUGGUGUUUACCUGGGCUUCAAGAUACAUGGAAUGAGCUCUUAUUUGCUAAGCUCUUUUAUCCUUGAUAU